AUGGAGUAGUUAGUGAAUGACCAAUACUGGGCUUUGAUACCAUGGUGAUGUAUUAGGUAUAGCGGGCUCGCUUAGCAGAGGUCAUUCAUAGGUAUAUAUUGCAUAGUUAUGCUGAGUACUUAGAGUCUUAGUUAAUGUCGGAGUCUGCCUACAGGCAGACCUCCUGUCGGGUUUCUCCCACGCCUUUCUAGCUCCAGAGAUAAAUAGGCUGAACGAGUUGCUAGAGAAUCCAAGCUCAGCGAGCUUCGCUCCAGAGUCAAUAUAUUCUAUUUGUUUAUAACUUUUUAUCAUAUAUACUUAACUAAACAGAUAAUAGAAUAGUACAAGUCCCUCAAGACGCGUGGGAAAAUUUGCCACAGAUACAUGUUGCUGUCCUUAUGGAAGUUGGCAGCGAAUAUAAGAGGCAGGAAGAUAUAUCAAGCCGGAACUCGCCAGAUGAACUUUACGAUCCGAGCUAUGGCACCCUGUCUGGUUACAAUUUUGAGACGAAGCAGAUGUUCACUCGAUACCUGAAGCAGUCCUACCAGAGAUUCGAGAACGAUUCUGGACCACAGUAUGUCAUGGUGCGAGGAGUCGACAAGGAGGUCCUCGCUUGGAUGGAUAAUCGUCGGCGCACGCUUCCUCCCAUGCGGGUUUUCUACGAUGAGAUUUUUAAAAAUCUCAUCGUCAAAUUGGUUUCCAGUUAUCAUGAGAUCCUGCAUCAAAAUUUGAUGAACGCUAUUACCGCAGAACUUCAAAACAUGGGCAUCACCAUGCAGUAUUACGCUGUUCAAGGUGCUGGUCGCGUUCGCGGCCAGAACUCACGAGAGAAGGAACCAGACAACUCCUUCCGGCCUAUCAACACGCGUCCCAAGUUCAGUGACCUUCCAACCUUCGUUAUUGAGGUUGGAGUUAGCAAAACUCUUAACAACCCCCGGAACGACGCAUUCUUUUGGCUAACUCAGACCAACGACCGUGUUAAGAUCGUCCUACUUAUUCAUAGUUCUAGAGACCACAGUAUCGCCACCAGGCCUCUAGUCAUCACUAUGGAGGUAUGGCAAACCAUCAACAAUCCACGACCGCAUCGAGCAAACUCUGCAGCUCGACCCAGAAUACCUGUUAGAACGCAGACUGUGACGAUUACGAGGCAAGGCAAUGGACCGCCAGUUACAACUGGCGCACCGCUUCUACUUCCAGUCAAUGUUCUCUUCGAGUCCGUCCCUCCUUUUGUCACUCAGAGCGACGUCUCGCUUCCUGCUGUGGUGCUUGAAAUGUAUGCAAAUAUUAUUUUCAACUCCCUGCCAUAGCUUGUCGACGGUUCAGUUUGCCCUACCGGUCUUUGAGAUACGUUUCGAACCCUUUCAGGAUUCCGAUCUUCUUUCCUCCUCAAUCUGGGAACAUAUGUCCGUUUGUCCAAAGAAUAGUCGGGGAUUCAGGACAUCUUUCGGCUGGAAUGCCAGCCUGCUCGUGGCUGUGAGCGCCACAUUUGCCGUUGUGGGCUUAAUAUUCCUGCUGGUAUGGAUAGGGAAGAAAAUAGUGUAGAUCUGGAGGUUAUGUGUAAUAAUGGCUUUACAUUUAUUAGUGUCUCUCGGUCUCUCGUUCUUUGUGGACGAAUGGCUUUUAUCACAGAAAACACUACAUGUCACUUUCCAUAUCUACCUACUUACGCAAAACAAUACUGUCUUUAGACUAGACCG